CAGAGAAAGGUUCAAUCUCAGAACAUUUGGGGACAGAGAAGCCACAGAUGAAGGGGACGUUCUUUAACCAUGGUGUCUUGCAGAUUGUUAAUUCUGUUCUUUUGUGUUCAUUCCUCCAUUCUCAUGGAUUAUCAGAUCUUCAAGUGCUGCUGAAGCUGAAGUCUUCCAUGGUUGGAGCAGGAGGCUCGGGACUGGAUGACUGGAAGAACACCUCCUACUCUCCCUCUGCAUACUGUUCAUUUUCCGGCGUCACCUGUGACGCCGAAUCUCGAGUGGUUUCUCUCAGCAUCUCCGGCGUUCCUCUGUUCGGCACAAUCCCACCGGAGAUUGGGCUUCUCAACAAGCUCGUCAACCUCACUCUCGUGUGCGACAAUCUCACCGGCACGCUGCCAUUGGAGAUGUCUAACCUCACAUCCAUCAAGCUCUUCAACAUGUCCUGCAACUCAUUGAGUGGCAGCAUCCCGGAAAGCAUGGUAGCUGGAAUGGAAGGCCUGGAAGUUCUUGAUCUUUACAACAACAACUUGACAGGAGAGCUCCCCACAGAGCUUGAGAAGCUGGCAAAGCUCAGGGUUCUUCAUCUCGGCGGGAACUACUUCUACGGUUCAAUUCCAGAGACAUACUCCAGGAUUGGAAGCUUGGUGAGUUUAGGCCUGCAAGGCAAUGGGCUCACAGGAAAGAUUCCAUCAAGUUUGGCAAAAUUGCCAAACCUUCAAGAACUGUUGCUGGGCUAUUUCAAUGAAUAUGAAGGGGGGAUUCCACCGGAUUUUGGGUCGCUGAGCUCGCUCCGGCUGCUAGAUCUUGGAGGCUGCAACUUAUCAGGUGAAAUUCCGAGGAGUCUGGGCAAUUUGAAGCUGUUGCAGAGCCUCUUCUUGCAAAAGAAUCAGCUCACAGGUCACAUGCCUUCUGAGCUCUCUAGCCUGGUUAGUUUGAGGCUCCUUGACGUCUCCUUCAACGAGCUCAGUGGUCGAAUACCCGAUAGCUUCUCCAACCUGAAGAAUCUGUCUUUGUUAAAUCUGUUUCGCAACAAUUUCCAUGGCCCUAUUCCAUCAUUCUUUGGUGAGCUUCUUGAUCUUGAGUUCCUGCAGAUCUGGGGAAACAACUUCAGUUCUCAACUGCCUGAAAAUCUUGGCAGCAACGGGAAGCUGAUUGCACUCGAUGUUGCUGCCAACCAACUCACCGGAAGAAUCCCUCACCGUCUGUGCAGGGGAGGGAGAUUGAAGAGGUUGAUACUAAUGGAGAAUCACUUUUGUGGUCCGUUGCCUGAAGAACUCGGCGAGUGCAGAUCGUUGGAACGGGUAAGAAUCCAGAAGAACAGCUUCAAUGGAACAGUUCCGGCAGGGCUUUUCAACCUGCCAUCAGGAGAGAUACUAGAUCUCAGCGACAACUACUUCACCGGGGAACUUCCACCGGUGAUCUCAGGAAACAGCCUCACGAGUCUCUCGCUAUCCGGCAAUAGACUCACCGGCAAAAUCCCUCCGGCAAUCGGAAAUCUGGCGGGCUUAGCCACCCUGUCCCUUGAAAUGAACCGAUUUUCCGGUGAAAUUCCAACGGCAAUCUCCAAUCUAAAGAAACUUUCAACAUUCAACCUUAGCACCAACAACAUAAGCGGUCGCAUUCCACCUUCAAUUUCUAACUGUACUGCGCUGUUCUCAAUUGAUUUGAGCAGAAACAGUCUGGAUGGUGAGCUACCUGAUGAAAUCUCGAGAUUGGGAGCCUUGAGCAUUCUCAACUUCUCAAGGAACCACUUGAAUGGCCAUAUACCCGUUGAACUAGGCUUCAUGAAAGCCUUGAGAUUCUUGGAUCUUUCUUACAAUAACUUCUCAGGCAGAGUUCCUUCGGAAGGGCUGUUUCCAUCUUUCAAGGACGGCUCUUUCGCCGGAAACCCCCAGCUCUGCUUGCCGACGAAUCAGGAUUGCCCAUCACGAGACGUUCAAGAAAGCCUUGCACAGUUGCUUACGACGUGGAGGUUAACUGUCCUUGCUGCGACUGCAACUGUUACAUUUUUGUCACUGUAACUUACUCUUGUAUUGUAUGUAUGUACGUACUUCCAACCGCCGCCACCAAUGCUGCACCG